CCCCCCCCGUCCGCUUCCCCACCACCCUAUCGGACCUCUCGCUCACAGACCAUAAAGCCGGUAGCAUGGUGUGAUCCGACAUGGAGGGCGAAGCAGGCGGCCCCCGACGGCCAAACUUCCCUCUCCAGCUGCUCGAGAAGAAGGAAGAGGACUCGUGCUCCAGCUCCGGUUACCCCUCGCUUGCUAUCUCCUCCGGCCACACCGGCGGCGGCGGCGGCGGCUGCAGCCAUGAUCCUGCCGCCAAUCCUGCUAGAAAGCUGCCGCCUAAGCGGAGUUCCACGAAGGACCGGCACACCAAGGUCGACGGCCGCGGUCGCCGCAUCCGAAUGCCGGCCUUGUGCGCCGCGCGCGUGUUCCAGCUGACGCGCGAGCUCGGCCACAAGUCCGAUGGCGAGACCAUCGAGUGGCUCCUGCAGCAGGCCGAGCCGGCGGUGAUUGCGGCCACCGGAACCGGCACCAUCCCUGCCAACUUCACGUCCCUCAACAUCUCCCUCCGCAGCUCCGGGUCCAGCAUCUCGGCUCCUUCCCACCUCCGAGCGGCGAAUUACUUCAACACCGCGGCCACUGCACUCGCCGGCCAGCCCCUCAGCAGGUUGCACAACGAGUGGGACUUCAGCGGCGGCCCCGGUUUCUCCUCCGAGGGGCCAUCGUCAGCGUCUUCGGCGUCCAUGCUUCUCAACUUCAAUUCCGGUAGCAUCGGGCUCGAGGGCUCAUCGGACGCCGACAUCGGGAGCAUAAGGAAGCGCAGGUGGGAGUCGGAGAUUCACCACCAACAGCAGCAAGCGCAGCAUCAGAUGGCAGGGUAUAGCCAGGCGAGCCACGGCGGCCGGAUGCCGGGAACGGUGUGGAUGGUGACAAACCCUAACACACAAGGCAUGCUCGGCGGCGGGCGCAGUGGAAGCGGCGGUGAGUCAAUUUGGACGUUCCCUCAGCUGGGCGGCAGCACCAGCCCCACCAUGUUCAGAGGAUCCCUCUCCAGCGGGCUUCAUUUCAUGAACUUCCCCACUCCCAUGGCCCUGCUGCCCAGCCAACAGCUCGGGUUGGGCUCCAGCACCGGCGGCGGCGAGGGUCACAUGGGGAUCCUCGCAGCUCUCAACGCGUAUCGGCCGCCGCCCUCCACCUCCGAAGCCGCGCCGUCACAGUCCCAGCAAGCACUCGGGGGGAGCCAGCGGCACGACACGUUGAACACCAGCGAUUCUUAGUCCUCCCAACUCUCCAUGAAUUCAUGUCUUCUUCUUCGUCUUCUGCCGCUGCUUAAUCUUUUGCUUUUCCCUCUCAUCAUCGGUUGAUUAUCGUAUUUGUUCUGAUGACAACAUUUCGCGUGAUACCAAUGCAAGCCAUCGUUUUGUGUGA